AUGGAUUUGAGGCUUGAGGCAGCCUGGCAGCCUGCUCAGAGUGCGCCUUUGUUGCAGCUGAGAAGCGAUUAUAAUCCAUUGCAGGACGAGGGUGACGCUAUCAGGUGGGGUAAACUGCGAAAGAUCGCCGGUGCAGUUUAUGGCUCAGCUGCUCCACAUGGUAGACCUCUGGUGCUUCGAUGUAGUGCCAAUUGGGUUGUCCUAGGCACGGAAACAGCAGAUAUUCUUGUUUUCGACUACGAGCAAGAACUUAAAGUAAAAUUGACCCCGCCGCCUCUUGAAAACGGUCGUUACGGGGCUGUGACCUCGCUAGCCAUCUCGCAGGACGAGAGCUGUAUAGCGGCCGGAUUUGCGACUGGAUCCGUCCUUGUGUGGGAUAUAAACUAUCCUACAAGUCCAAAAAUGAGCAUUUUGCCGACAAUUACUAGAAAAGCAGCAGGUGCCGUUGAAGCCAAUGAAUCGCAUUUAUACGGAUCUAUUGUAUGCUUUGUGUUUUUUGUUGGCAAACACAAAUCCACCGUGAUUUCCAUGGACAACCGAGGGCUGAUUUUUAUCCACCAGAAUAUGAGAAUCUUAUUGGGAACCACAGCAAGAAGCCGGAGAGUCAAUGGACAAUAUAAACAAAAGACACCCACCCCGAUUCUAGCUGCCACAGUCAUAAAACAAGAAAAUGCUCCGUUACUGAUCAUCACAACCAACCCGUUUACAUUAAGGGGGGUUUCAAUUGUUCCGCUCAAGUCACAAUUCCGUUUUUCGAGCACCCUCGAUAAUGUUGACACAAAUACAGGUUUAGCAGCAUCGCUGGCGUACUGCUCUGCUACCAAAAAGCUCGCGUACAGCUGGGGUAACAUUUUGAAAGUGGUUUCAAUCAAAUGGAAUGGUGAAGAGUAUGUCGUGACCGCGGAUAGAAUGAUCAAAGGCACGGAAUCAUUUGUCUACAUUGGUUGGCUCACCGACAGCUUGCUGGCAGCGGUCACAGUUACCCAAGAAUUGCAGUUUUAUGGAGCUGAUUUGACCAUGUUGAGCAAGGCGAGUAUACUGAGAAAGUACCCACUCCACCAAGAUUAUUACAGCGAGGUUUUAAAGGAGGGUAAGUUAUCGGUAGUCGCAGACGCUUUCUACAACGCUAUUCAGGUUCAGGAUGCCAAUAUAUUUAUUCUUGGACGUCAUGAGUUUGAAUAUGGAACACUUGCAAAUUGGGCAGAUUGCAUUAUGAGUCUAUUGAACCAAUCACGACCAGUAAAUGCUGUUCUGCUUUUGCUACAGUACUAUACGAGUGACUAUGAUCUUUCCAUGAUCGGUCUCGAAAAAGAAACCCGGAAGGAUGUGCUUGAAAGAGCUCUUCCAGAUAUUAUUUUGACGUCUAUGAGAUUUUGUGUCACCCACGAUGUGGCUAAUUUCCCCAAGCUUCUGGCCGUCUCAAUACAGGCCGUCGUUGUUACACAGGUGCCGCUGUUGGAAGAGAUUAUGGAUAUGGUGCUGGAGAGUAGCUUUUCUCAGGUAUAUUUUGAUUUCCUCGUCACUUUUGUACUUGAUGGUUCAAUUAAAAGGCUGCCUCCAAAAGUAUUUAAGGAGCUGGUUAAGGCAAAGGCCGAUUCCAAGGUUAUUCAAGAUAUCAUCUUGAGUUUGGACAUAUCCACAUUGGACUUUGACCUAGCUCUUAACAUUUGUGAGGAGUUCAAACUCGAGGAAGCGAAAGUGUUUUUGUUGAAUGCCCUCAAUGAUUUCAUUACGCCAUUGAAUGGCCCCGACAGGUUCGCAUAUUUAUCAUACGUGUUGACUGGCCGGGCAUACCCAACAGAAAAGCCCUUGAAAAACCCCAUCAGGGCCAAAAGUGAAGUCUACGAACGUCUCUUUGCCUCUGACCAUGCUUGUCUCGAAUCACUUGUUGAUGCCGACGCAGCUUCGUUUUUCCGCGCUCUCAACGAGGCUUUUGAGGACUCGGAUCUUAAUGAUGAUGAGGAAGCCCACCUACCGGUCUCUAGACAGAUGAUGUUGAACGUUCUCUUCGAUACGAUCCGGAACCCGUAUUUCGAUGUUUUUGUGGCUCGAAAUUAUCCCAAAUACCAACAGUAUCUUAUGGUACCUGUGUCACGACUUGAUAAGGUGCUGGCCAACAUUUUAGACAGCGAACUGCCUCAAAAUGACAGGGAACUUGCAAUUGAGUCAUUGCUCUCGGUCUACAAGCCCACAAGCAUGGACAAGUUUUUGGGUAUGCUUCAUGAAGAAAAGCUAUUUUCUGUCCUGGAAAAUAUUUAUCGAGCUCAAGGCAACUACAAAAAAAUGCUUUUGGCCUCUCUCGAGGACCCGUACGAUAAUAAAUGGCAACUGAUACAUGUCGCUUUGGAUAAUGACAAGAGUGUUUACCCCGUGCUGGUUGAGCACUUGAAGAGUCUGAUGGACAGCCCUGAAAAGCUUGCAGAUAUUGCAGUUCGGUACUGUAAUGAGAUGCACCGUGACGUUUUGAAACUGAACGUGAGUGUGGACGCUCAAUAUCAAUAUUUGGAUAGGGUCUUUGCACUGGUCAAGGACUCUGCUCUGCUACCCUCACGUGAGGUUUGUAACAAAUAUGUGGAGUUAUUGGCCGAAAAAGAUAGUGAUAAGCUCAUGAAAGUUCUAAGACACACUUUAACGAGACCUGAAAAUAUCAACCUUCCGCUCAUUGUUGACAGUUUACUAGAGAAUCGCCAAACUGGCGCGCUCGCUCUGCUACUUUGCCGGCUGGACCGCAAGCCCGAGGCUAUGAUCUAUCUCAAAAACCAUAUCAGAACGAGACAACUGGAUGAAGAUAUCGAAGAAUAUGUGGGACAAGCCAUAGACAUUUGCCGUGAUGUUUCCUCAGUGGAUGCAUCAGAAGGAGAGGCGUUAUGGAUAAGCCUGCUUGAAGCGGAGAUGGGAACAAGCUACGAGAUAGCACAAACAAUUAGAGUUUUGGUGGAGGGCAAUCAAAACGUCGCAAUUGAAGUUAUAUCGAAGCUUUUGCCGGAUAUCGAAGUGAAAUCAGCAGCUGCACUCAUCGAUGAAGCGUAUACUGCAAUGGCCAUUCAGCUGAUUGCCUUGCAAGCUGUGCAAGCUGUUGUUGAAGGAGAUCUAUAUCGAAGCUUUAUUGAGUCGUUAAACGAUCGCCUGAGAGGCUGGUCUAUUUCAGCCAAUGCAGAAUGUGAAGGCUGCGGAGAAAAGGUCUCCGGCUUGGGGGUGGACGCCAACGUGCUGUACCGAGCCUGGGAGAACAAAAUGAAAAAUAGCGAGAUUCCUGGAACCAUGCUGGCCAUUUUCCAGUGUCGUCACGCGUAUCACAUGCACUGCUUGGAACGGUUAAGUUCCGAAAGAGAGUGUAUAUUGUGUUUCCCAGAUACACACUAA